GAUACAAAAUUAUGGAUAAUAAUGGAAUACCUGGGUGGAGGCUCUGCCCUUGAUUUAUUAGAACCUGGCUCACUCGAUGAAACCCAGAUAGCUACAAUAUUGCGGGAGAUACUCAAAGGACUAGAUUACUUGCAUUCUGAAAAGAAAAUCCACAGAGAUAUUAAAGCUGCUAAUGUAUUGCUAUCUGAACAAGGAGAAGUAAAACUAGCAGAUUUUGGAGUAGCAGGACAACUAACAGAUACACAGAUAAAGAGGAAUACCUUUGUGGGAACACCAUUUUGGAUGGCACCUGAAGUAAUAAAGCAAUCAGCAUAUGAUUCAAAGGCAGAUAUCUGGUCAUUAGGCAUAACGGCCAUAGAACUUGCAAAAGGAGAGCCACCUCAUUCAGAAUUACAUCCAAUGAAGGUUUUGUUCCUCAUUCCUAAGAACAAUCCACCAACGCUGGAAGGAAACUUCAGUAAAUCCCUCAAAGAAUUUGUUGAGGCCUGCUUAAACAAGGACCCAAGCUUUAGACCUACUGCAAAAGAGCUCCUAAAACACAAAUUUAUUUUACGAAACUCAAAGAAAACUUCCUACCUGACUGACCUUAUUGAUAGGCACAAGAGAUGGAAGUCUGUACAAAGUCAUGACAACUCCAGUUCUGAUGACUCAGAUACUGAACCAGAUGGGCAGGCUUCAGGUGGGAGUGAUUCAGGAGAGUGGAUCUUUACAAUAAGAGAAAAAGACCCAAAGAAUCUAGAGAAUGGAGCAGCGCAGCCUUUGGAGUUGCAAAGAAAUAAGGAAAAGGAUAUCCCAAAGAGGCCUCUAUCCCAAUGCCUGUCUACAGUUGUAUCACCUUUAUUUGCAGAGUUGAAAGAGAAGAGUGAAGCAUGUGGUGGUAACACAGAUUCCAUAGAAGAACUAAGAAAGGCUAUUUAUUUAGCUGAAGAGGCUUGUCCGGGCAUUGCAGAUAACAUGGUGUCACACCUUGUGCAGAGGCUUCAGAGAUAUUCACUACCUGGGGGAAGUACUUCAUCCUACUGACGUGCUGUUCCUGACUUUUCUAAGACAGCAGAGAUCCCACAGUGUCUGCAUUGAAGGCGCACACCGUAAUGUUGUUCUGGUCUUCAGUCACCUGAAUGACCUUGGGUGGAAGGACAUUGCUAAAUGUGCCAGAGUGAAAAUGAAGUCUCUUGGAUGGAGGCAGUCUUUUUCAGCUCCUUAAAGCUAUAAUUUUUUUUUAAGGAUAAUGCACAUAUUCCAGGGAGGUGUCUUUUUGUAAUAUCUGAAAUGUAUAUUUAGGUUUGUGAUAGAGAAAUUGAAGAUAUUGAGAAACCUCAGGUAUCUUGCUUUAAGAAUUCCACUAGGAGAUGGAGUAUGUUUGUUGGAGUUGUGUACAGAUAUGUAUAUAAUGUCUUUUUUUAACUGAAAGCUUUUCCACGUGCAUAAGGAAUCACUGUGUACAAAAUGGUAAAGUGCUUCUGUAGAUAGUGUUAGUGGGGUAAAUAUUUGACAGGCCAUAACUGAGCAUUGCCUUGCCUUGAUUACAUGUAAAUUUUGAAUUAUGUGAUAAGUGAAUCUUGGUUUGAUUUUUGUACGUGAAGGAUUUGCCAUUGAAAGAGUUAAUCCUGUACUAUGGAACCUUCUGUUUGUACCUCAGCAAAGACACAACUUGAUUCUGUUUCUCCUGUAUUUGCUCCUUUUUAUCUAUGUUCUGAGUGUGACUUUCUAAUUAUGGUACUACUUCUGGUUGUUUUAAUACACCUUGUCUCUCAAAGCUUUAAAUGUCAAUUAUUAUUUUUCCUAAAGAAUGAGCUCUUUCAUAUUUUCAGUUUUAAGUUGUGCCAAUGCAAAUUCUGAACCCUAUGUACUGUUCAGUUUUAGUAACAGAUAUUUGUGAAGCUCGUAGUGAAAUCCAGAUACAAUCUUUUUUUUUCACCUGAACAUGUUUGAAUGCUCACACAAAUAAACCUUUUUUA